ACCAUUGGCGUUCCUAUCAAACUUCUUCACGAAGCACAAGGCCAUAUUAUUACCUUAGAAUUAAAAACAGGUCAACUCUAUCGUGGCAAAUUGAUCGAAGCUGAAGAUAAUAUGAACUGCCAAUUGAAAGAUAUUACAGUAACCGCACGCGAUGGUCAAGUUUCACAAUUAGAUCAAGUUUAUAUUCGUGGAUCACACGUUCGAUUCUUUAUUGUUCCCGACAUGCUAAAGAACGCUCCUAUGUUCAAAGGUAUUGGUCCAGGUGGUCUUAAAGGAAGAGGAAUUGGUUUGGGCAGAGGAAGAGCAACAGUUGCCCGUGCC